CAGAAGUGGAACAGAAAGGUACAGUUCGCUGCUCAGCUCCUGACUCGCUCCCCAUUGCAUUGCAGCCCGAAUAGUGCCUUUGUUAGGAAUAAAAGAGAACGCUCUGAGGCUGAUGUGCAGCGGGGAGGGAGAGAGCCAGCCCUGACACUUCAGUCACUCAGCACCUGGAAGGAAAGAGCCGGGACCCCUGACACACUGCAGGGCUGACACACAUCCCAACUUUGCCAGUACUUUCUUUCUCUGGUGGGCGGUACCGUGCAAUCUCUCCCUGUCACUCCGAGCAGUUUCCUUACUGUUUCCUUUAUUGGUGACUGACCGCCUGGUAUCCAGCAGCAGUGGGAGACGGGAUGAGCUGUGGCGCAGGCUAAGGAGGAGGCUCUGGCUGAAGUGAGGGGAGUGUAAGAUCAUCUUGGGAAAGUGAAGCAGGGCAGACGGGCAGCCUCCUUGCCCUGAGAUGUGCCUGCAUACAGACAGCUCUAUGUGGCUUUGUUGGAGAGUAGAAAGGGCUCCCUUCACUGACUAUAGUCUGUAGGACAACAAAGGAGCUCAGCUGGGACUCACCUAAACUUACACAUAUUUGGGUGGGGGUGGGGUGGAGGCAUGAAGACAUCCAAGCCAGAUGGACAGUGCACUGACCUCAGAUCAACAUAUGGCUUUAAUAGCAUGCUGACCUGCUAUGAGUUCCUGUUGGUGCUGAAUGGAACAGACUGACUGAGGAAAGAUGCUGGGGGUGCUCACUGCAUUCUCUGCCCUGAGUCUCAUGGCCUACGGAUACCUGUCCUGGGACAGUGCCAACUCUGUGCUGGAAGAUCAAAAAGGGUCCAGCGAGGAAUCUCCGCAAAGGGAAACUGGACACCAGCCUCACAUUGUCUUCAUAUUGGCUGAUGACCAGGGCUACAGAGAUAUCGGGUACCAUGGAUCGGAAAUCAGAACUCCCACGCUGGAUAAGUUAGCUUCUGAUGGUGUCAGACUGGAGAACUACUAUGUCCAGCCUAUCUGCUCCCCAUCCAGAAGCCAGUUUAUCACUGGGAAGUAUCAGAUCCACACAGGCCUUCAGCAUUCUAUAAUAAGACCAUCACAGCCUAACUGUUUGCCACUGGACAAUAUGACACUGCCUCAGAAACUUAAGAAGGCUGGCUAUCAAACACAUAUGGUUGGAAAAUGGCAUUUAGGAUUUUAUAAGAAAGAAUGUAUGCCAACUCAGAGGGGAUUUGAUUCUUUCUUUGGCUCACUUUUGGGUAGUGGAGACUACUACAAUCAUUAUAAGUGUGACAGCCCUGGUAUAUGUGGAUAUGACCUCUAUGAGAAUAAUAAUGCGGCUUGGGACCAAGACAAUGGUAUUUAUUCAACAGAAAUGUAUACACAAAGAGUACUGCAAAUUUUAUCCAGCCACAAUCCCAACAAACCAUUAUUCCUUUAUAUUGCUUAUCAAGCGGUUCACUCUCCUUUACAAGCCCCUGGAAAUUACCUGGACAAUUAUAACUCAAUACUAAAUGAAAACAGGAGAAGGUAUGCUGCCAUGCUGUCAUGUUUAGAUGAUGCUGUUAAUAAUGUAACAACUGCUUUGAAAAAAUAUGGUUUCUAUGACAACAGUAUUAUAAUUUAUUCAUCAGACAAUGGUGGCCAGCCAAUGGCUGGAGGCAACAACUGGCCACUACGUGGGAGUAAGGGGACAUACUGGGAGGGGGGAAUACGAGCUGUUGGAUUUGUACAUAGCCCAAUUUUGAAAAUGAAAGGUUAUAUUUGUAAAGAGCUUGUUCAUAUAACAGACUGGUUUCCAACAUUAGUCACUUUGGCAGGAGGGGAAAUUGAUGAGGAAAUACAAUUAGAUGGCUAUGACAUUUGGGAGACCAUAAGUGAAGGAAAACGUUCCCCAAGGCAAGAAAUUCUGCACAAUAUCGACCCCAUGUAUACUAAGGCCAGAAAUGGUUCUUGGGCUGCUGGUUAUGGUAUUUGGAAUACUGCAAUUCAAUCAGCAAUACGAGUAAACCAUUGGAAACUGCUAACAGGAAAUCCAGGUUAUGGAGAUUGGAUUCCUCCUCAGAGCUUUAGCAAUGUAGGACCCAACCGCUGGCACAAUGAAAGAGUGACAUUAGCAAGUGGAAAAUCUGUAUGGCUUUUUAACAUAACAGCUGACCCAUAUGAAAGAAUAGAUCUGUCUGACAGGUACCCCGAUAUUGUAAAGCAGCUGUUAAGAAGACUUGCACAGUUUAAUAAAACUGCAGUUCCAGUGCGGUACCCUCCUAGAGAUCCAAGGAGUAACCCUAAACUUAAUGGAGGGGUAUGGGGCCCAUGGUACAAAGACCACUCUAAACGAAAGAAUCCUAAUGCAAAAAAAUCUAAGAAGACCAAGAAAAAGCAAAAUCAUAGAAAACAACAGUAUUCUGGUUGCCAACCUGUUUCAGUGAAUUCAUAGAUACAUUGGGGCUAAAGUAAUAAAUGGUGCUACAUACAAAUGUUUUUGCCUGUAAAAAAAUUGUUUUUCACUUCUGCUAAGUUACUGUAUAUUUUUUGUAUUCCAUUUUCUCUUUUUUUUUUGGUUCUUAAAUUUACUCUUGUUUGGGAAGACCUUAUAUUUAUAUAUAUAUAUAUAUUAAAAAAAAAUUACCAAGCAUCAUACUGCAGAGUAUCUACCUUUACAAAUCAUCAAGCUAAUAGAAUUGAUGUAGUGGCCCUACACUGUACUCAGGGAUUUAGUUAGUGGGUAAGUCUUAGUAUUUACAAAUUGAUAAAGCAUAAAAUACAUAUUGGCACAUUAAAGCAUAUUAUAUUUAUUUUCCGAGCUAUAUAUAUUUGCAAUAGUUCAGUGUGUAAGGCAUUAUCUACAAACAUUUUUUUUCUAUUGCUUGUUGCCUUUCUAGGGCCCUGUCAGAGUUCUCAUAAAACAUGUUUCCUAAUUUUGCACACUUUAGUAGCUAAGUCAUUUAAAGGGGGCCUAUCACCCAUAUAUAAAAAGAUGUAUAAUAAUAAAGCCAUACCUGUUAUAAAGUCUUUUAGAAAACUCAGCUGUCAAUGAUAUAUUGCUUUCACAAUCCACACUUCCUAGGUGUCACUGCACUCCUCUUAUCCCCCCUCCUCACUGUCUAUAAUUGUGUAUUCAGUGCAUGGGCAUAGGAAUCAGGUCCCCCACUUUGGCACAUAAACAAGAUGUUGGUAUGAUACAAAGCUUGUCUUAAUAACAAAAUGACUCCUGUCUAGUUGCUGUAAUUCUGGAAAUUUGCUGGAAACUUUUAACUAAUUGAUAUAGUGUUAGUAAAGUCUGUUUUGCUUGACUAACAUGACAAGGACUAACAUGGAUUUGGAAUUAAUUCUUUGGGUGACAGGUCCCCUUUAUGGUAAUAAGGGUGCAGUGAUAUAAAAGCCUAGCCUAAUGCACUUUCCAAUACAGAUACUGUUGUUAUAAAACCAAAUGUAUAUUUGUGCCAAUGUUAAUCUGUAAUUCUUACUCAUUUUGAGAAAGUUACUGUACAUUCACUUUGUUCUUGCAUAGGGAAGUGUAACUAAAUGGGAAUGCCAACAUCCUUUCUAUCAGAACCAGGUGCAUAGUUCGUACAUCUCUGUUCCACAUAUUAGUGAUGUUUUAAUAGAAAAUGUCCUACCCUCUAGAGAUGGACAUGUAGAGGGAACCCUUCAAACACGUGCCUUCCAUUAUAUUUACUAAGAACACUGUGAAGCUUGUAUAUUUGCCAGUGUGUAAGUGUGAUUUAUAAGCACAAGUCAAAUAUGGUGUAGAAUUAUUGUACCAUGAUGAUUGCUCACUCAGCUUAGGGAUUUUCCAAAUACAACAAAUUAGAAAUUAAAAUUGAAUUUGUUCAAUUAUUAGGAAUUGUAAUGAUAAAUGUACUGUAUAUUGAACUCUUCAAUACAUGUUUGGUCUCUAGAUAAUUUCUCUUACGGUUUAGCUAGAAAACCAAAGGAAUGAAGUGUUUAUGUUAAAUGACAGAAAUAAUGAUGUAAUGAAAACUGUCGCAAUUUAAAAAAAUGUAUUGUAACAAUAGUUACAUUUUAUAUAUAUUAAAUUAUUUUAUUUUUAUGUACAAAAUGUGUUGGAAGUAUUACAAAACAAUUUCAAUGAUUAACAUUCUUAGCGACAUAGUUGAAUAUGUUUAGAGGGCUAUCAUCUGCACAAAAACUAUUAUUUUUAUUUAUCCCAGUUCAUGAAAUAAUACUGUUCACAUUUUCUCAGUUCAUCUAGUGGGGGAAUUUGUGAGGCAAGCACUCCUCAUAUUUUCAGUAGAAUAUUCUCACAUCAAUUUUUGCCACUUGAUCCAUAAAAGUAAGAAUGGUGUGCUGUAUUGGAUAGAAUGGUUCUCAGCACAAGAUGUCUAGGAGGUAGGAGAUUUUUGAGAAAAUGGAUAAAUCUUAAAAUCAAUUUUGCAUUUAGAGUGAGAUUUCUCAUACUCACUAUCUUGACCUUGGAUAGUGCAUUUAAAUGUUUAUGGUCUAAAAAUCUCUACUAAUUGGUGUUACAACACUCAUUAAGGGGCAGAUUUAUCAACAUCAGAUUUUGAUGGUUUUAGAGGUUUUCUCUGAAAACGUAAUUUUUUUCAUUUCGCCGCACAAAUGAAAGAGUAAAAAAAAAAUGUAAAACCACGAAGCAAAGAAGUAAUAGUAAGUUGAAAAAGGACGGCUGCCAUUGACUUCUACAUCAUGACCUCGACAGCUU